AGGGGCGCCUCUGGCCAACCAAAAUUCGUCGCAUCUACGUCAUGCAUUCGCACGUGAACGCGAAAACUCGUCGCAAUCGUCCGGUGGCAGCAAAACGACGUGAUAUGAGGAACGAGGUCAAAGAAAAAGCAUGCAACUCGAGGCCAUGUCGUUCCACUCGGUUAACCUGACUCCGUUAUAAAGAACAGCCGGGUCCUGCCUAGUCCCGUCCCGCUUGGACCUUUUGUUACUGCAAACUCCCACACUCACCAAGCGUAGAUUCAGCAAGUUGAUUCAUCGAAUCCUUGGUCUUCAUUCGCCGAGAUAUCGACCCCACUGAGUCGCUGUCGUCGUCGUCGUCGCCACGGUCGAGUUUUUCCCCAGCGAUCAACGAAUCCGGUUUGGUUCGUCGCGUCACCGGCGCCAAUUCUGAUACUGAUCACGGGCCUUGGCCUGGAUAUUCACCCGAGUACGUUACUGUCAGCACGUUGUGCGGCUGUAGCUGCCCCGUUCCCACCACUUACGCACCCCACUUUCUUCCCCCUGCCACCACCAAUCAUCGCGCCUCUUACGCGAGCGGUCAUCAGCAGUGACCCGAGCACAGCAGCCAGUCAAACGUUGCCAUUGCGUCGAUAGGGUGCGUGUGCCUGUACAAUAAGCGCCAGUCGCGUUGACGUCAGCAGCUUUGAAAUCAUCGCUACUCAACGUAGCGAGGUCCUCGGCGAUUCCGGGACUCCACGGGUUCAUCUGAAAGCGAACUGGCCGCAGAUAAAUUUUGGCCUCAUCUCGCCGUCAACACGUAUGCUUGCCGUUCAUCCGCACAAAUUGACUAUUAACAGCCAGCUGAUUAGAGCGCUUACGCAAGCAAUCGAGCCAUACAGAGCCAACGAAUACUCGUCUGCUCCCGCAAGCCAAACUUGAGUCGUUGUGCCACACGCGGCCCCCAUUAUCCCACACAACACCCACUGGACUCCACCUUCUCCCACUAGCCCCCAACCAACCCACUUGCCCCCAGUGACCCCACUCCGUCCGACGAACACCCCGCUGUCCCCCACUUCUACCACCACCACGUCGUUGACUCAGAACCAACCCCCCUUUCGGCACCCCACGGCCAGGCUGCCAGCAGACAAGGACCACCCGGACGCACUGAGACGGUCCCGUUCGCUGCACGCGAUGAGCGUGUCGGAGCGGCCGCCUGUUGUUCCGGCGGCGUGUCCGACGACACCGCACGCACAGGAAGAUCCGCCGUCGGGAACCGGAGAGACCGUGACGUUUUCGUUGGCGUUCCCGGCCGUCAAGUCGCUGCUCGCACUUUCGGGCUUCGGCUCGAAAGAGCUGCUGGCCCAGGUCAAGCGGACGACAACGCAUGCCGAGCCGGUCUAUGACGUAUACUACAAAAAGUGCAUCUUCACGUCGAAUCAGCUGCUGCUGUACUACAACAGCGACUACGGUAAUUUUACGCUCGCGUCGAUCCUCCGACCCCGGCGGGGCAGUCACCGCGAGUUUGGAUUCACGCUGAAUAACCCGCCCCUGCGAUACAAGUCGCACUGGACGCUGACAGUGAAACCGGACUGCUGGACCAUUUUGUCGGAGACGCAUCUGCUGCUGCCCGAGAAGUGUGGCAUCCGCUGGCGAAAUAUGAACAAGCGCGAUGAGGACGGGCUGCCCAUGUGGGAGGCUCACCUCAUAUUCGAUGACCAGAGCGUCUUGUCUCGCGUGGCCACGCUCACGCCGCAGGCCAUUCGAGUCGAGAGUUUGUCUCAGAACAUCGCCAGUCGUUUUAUUCCGCGGAUGACCAUUGAGUCGCUUUUCUGUUCCACUGGUGUAUUUGUACAGCUAUACCUUUUGGGUCGAUUUCCCUUCCGUGUGGACAAGGAUUAGGGCUGGGAGAGACAGACGAGCAAGGAGUGACUGACAAGGCAGGCGAAGAUCCAUACAAAGAGGUGGUCAGUGAUGGUCUGCCGUAGUAGCAUGGAUCGUCGUCUCCCUUCAUCACUCGCUCUUUGUCGUCGGCCAUUCGACCUCCACCCCCCUUCAAGAACCAUGCUUUCAGCGCAUUGCUACUGUCAUUUCUAAUCCUCCUCUUGUCAUUUUUCCGCUGUAUCUCCCUGCCUUUCCUAACCGCUUUACGCACCAUUUUUUUUUUUCGUUACGCCUGUUUCAUUCGUCCCGAAUUCCUUCGCAUUUCCUUGUCCAUCCAUGUUCAGACCACUUUUGUAUAUAGUAAUUCA